AUGUCUCAGCCGUUCAAACCAACUCCCGCUUCACAAAUGGUUGUGGAGGAUACCGCUAAAAUCGCGGAUAAGUCAUGGGAGAUAAUUCAAGAGAAAACCUUUAGAAAAUGGGUGAACAGUAAACUAGCACUGAAGAAUAUAGAGCCCAUAAGAGAUUUGAAUGAGGAUUUUUCCGAUGGUGUUCGACUUAUACAAUUGCUGGAAAUCAUUGGCGAUACUUCUUUUGGAAAAUAUAAUAAAAAGCCAAGAAUGCGUAUUCAGAAAGUGGAGAACGUGAAUAUGGCGUUGGAAUUUAUAAAGCGUCGAGGUGUAUCACUAACGAAUAUCGGGGCUGAAGAUAUUGUUGACAUAAACCUAAAACUUAUUCUUGGUAUGAUAUGGACUAUUAUUUUGAGAUUUACCAUUGCUGAUAUAAGUGAAGAGGGUCUUACAGCUAAAGAAGGUCUUUUGCUAUGGUGUCAGCGAAAAACCGCGCCUUAUUCUGAAGUAAAUGUAGUCGAUUUCACUUAUAGUUGGUCUGAUGGACUGGCGUUUUGUGCAUUAAUUCAUCGUCAUCGUCCUGAUUUACUUGAUUAUCAUGCGUUGGAUAAGACAGAUCGACAUCGAAAUACAGCUUUGGCAUUUGAUGUAGCUCAAAAAUAUUUGGAUAUUCCCAAACUUUUGGAUGUUGAAGAUGUUUGUGAUGUUUCCAAACCAGAUGAACGAUCAAUUAUGACAUAUGUAGCGCAAUAUUUUCAUGCAUUUUCCGAAUUAGAUAAAGUAGAAACUGCUGGUAGAAGAGUGGCUAAAUUUGCUGAGGUGAUGCAAUCAGUAUGGGACAUGAAACAUGAUUAUGAAAGACAAGUCAAACAGUUAAUGCAAAAUGUAAGAGAUAAAAAAGCAAUAUGGAGUAAUGCACGCUUUGAUGGAACAUAUGCUGAUGCGAAAAGACAAUACGCAGAAUUUAUAAAAUACAAAAGCAGUGAAAAACGAUCUUGGGUGGCUGCUAAACGUGAUUUGGAUGCUUUACUAGGGAAUGUACAAACCAAACUUAAAACUUAUGGAUUACAGCCAUAUCAGCCACCUGCGGGUCUAACAUUGGCAGACUUGGAUAAAGUGUGGCAAGAAUUGUUGGAUGCUGAAGGACGAAGAUAUAAAUCAAUUAAUGAUAAAAUCAAAGAUAUAAAAGAGAAUCUAAGAAAAUCUUUUGCCAACUCUGCAAACAAUUUCAUUAAAAGUUUGGACUCGAUAUCUUACGGACUUGCAAAUUUAGAUGGAGAACUAGAUGCACAAUUACAAACAGUAAAGAGUCUAUCAGCAAAAUUAAAACCGCUAGAACAAUCACUGAAACAUAUCCAAGAAUUAGACGCGCAAUGUCGAGAAGCAAAUAUUGAAGAAAAUGAUUACACAGUAUUCUCGGUCGAUGAUUUACAUUUUGAGUUGGGAUUAGUGCAACAAGCUGUCACCAAGAAAACCUCAUUUAUUGAGAAUCAAAUUGUUUCAAGAAAUAUGACAAAUUUGACUCCCGGACAACUUGAAGAAUUUGAAAGUACUUUUCGGCAUUUCGACAAAGAUUCCUCGAAUACUCUUAAUUUGUUUGAAUUCAGUGCCGCAUUAGCUAGCUUGGGCAUUUUUUAUCGAGACGAAGAAUUAGAAGCUGCAUUUAAACAAUUAUCACAAGGCAGUGAAGAGGCAUCAUUUGAACAGUUUAUCCUAUACAUGGUAAACGUGACCGAAGACAAGACAACGCCGGAACAACUACGGCAAUCAUUCAAAGCGGUAGCCGGUGAUAAACCAUACGUCACAGAACUUGAUCUAAAAAGAUCGAUGGUACCUGCUAAUGUAGUCAGUUAUUUAAAAGAAUGGAUGCCAUCAAAGGACGAUGGAUAUGACUAUUCAAAAUAUCUGGAUCACGUUUUUAAGCGUUAG